ACCAACUUCCACAUGCUGGCUUCACCUCAUGCACUCUAAGAUCACGGGAGGGUCAGUAGAAGGAGACUGUUAACUUCUAAACAUGAGUGGGUUCAAGUCUCUCCGUGGUUGUGCGAUCGUAAUGUUUGUCGCAUUUGCCACGAACGUAGUGAAUACGAUAGGCGACGAUGAAACAGGGAAUGAUUUUUGCGCCGAUGACGGCCACUACCUAAACUUCAACGAUAGUCUUCUUGUUCCGAGCGAUAUAACGUACAUAGUUGUUGAGUUGAAGUCACGUGUAACACUUGAUUGCAAUGCAUAUGGCGAUGGUGAUGUCAGUUACACAUGGAGGAAGAUGACCUAUGACACUGGAGAGGUCGAUAUUGUCAACAAAACAACUGUAACUAAAGACGGAACACUAGUGGUAGAAUCAUUCUCUGAAAAUGACAGUGCACAAUACCAAUGUAUCGUGGAUAACGGGUACUGUACAAUAGCACAUCACUUCGAAAUUACUUCUACGACUGCACCUACAGUAUUUGAAAUGCCCGUGGUGUUGAACAAGACGUUUCCUGGAAAUAUAACUGCGACAGUUGGAUCUAAUGUUGCACUGGAAUGCAAAGUACAAGCCCCAGUGUCUGCUUACACAUUCUGGUUAAAACAUAGACAAACCAUGGAAGCUGAGGAAAGCCUCCAGCUUCUGCGGAACAGUUGGUCUGGUGAAGAUGAUUUCGAACAUUUACUACGGAAAUUAUUUCCAGAGUCUCGCGUGUAUGUUGUUUUCAAGGGAAGUCUGGAGUUCCUGACUACCAAUGUAGCAAUAACGGAUGCAGGUCUGUAUACGUGUGUGUCUGUUAACAAUUCUACUAUAGAUUACAGUAGUGGAUGGCUGGCCGUCAUGGAACAACACAGAGACCCAACAUGUCGCGAAUACAGUCUUGAUGGGAGAUAUGGACCACAUUCAUUCAAUGUCGCCCCGGAGGAGAAUAUUACCACAACUUUUAAUUUGUUCAUUGACAACGUGACUCGACCAAUAACCUUUUCACUCGAUGAUCCUAUUCCCCAGGAAUUCGAUAUGUCACAGUCUACCAAGAUUAUAAUCCACGGGUUUCAGCAGACAGGCAUAGAAGACUGGGUUCUCAGGAUGGCAGAGAGUCUAAUUGGCAUUGAAGAUGAAUAUGCCAACAUCAUGUCUGUUGACUGGGGUACUGCAGCGAAUCCAAACGGCGUUAUUUUUAACAUUUUGGACUACCACCAAGCUGCAAGUAAUACCAGAGUUGUUGCGCAACACGUGGCCGCCUUGACGCAGAGAUUGUCCGGUCGUGCACGUGCUGAUAUACACAUCAUUGGGCAUAGUCUAGGCGCGCAUAUCAGUGCGCUUGAUCCCGCAAGACCAAAUUUCUUGGUUGAACAUGGCGACACGUCUGUGCCCGGACCUUUCAGCGUCUCGCGAGAUGACGCGGUAUUUGUUGACGUCAUACACACGGAUUCUUCUCUGAUUAUGGACAAAGUGCUUGGUUCUGUUCCAUAUCCAAACUUAGGUAUUUUUCAGUCUCUGGGCCAUGCUGACUUUUAUCCAAAUGGAGGCCACACUCAGCCAGGAUGUAUGGAUAUUAUUUCCCAUUUUAAUUACCUCCCGGCAUGCUCUCACUUACGUGUGUUAGAAUAUUACAUCACAUCCAUUAGUGAAGACUGUGAAUACAAAUCUGAUAGAUGUACUUAUGAAGCAGAAAUACUUCUUGGAUGGUGCACUAAGUGUGAUAAUGGUUGUAACAAAAUGGGAUAUUAUGCAACUAAACCAGACACAAAUGUACUGUAUUAUCUGACCACAAAUAGUCAAUCUCCAUACUGCAAACAGGAAAAGACAUCGUCGUCAUGGUGGAGAAAUAAAAGGAAUGUCAAUUGA